AUGGCUACGACGAUUAGUUCGAUUAUCGAUCCUGCUCGGAAUAGCCUAUGGAUCGCACUGGACUACCAGCUUAACUUUCGCCCUGAUCCUUGGGUAGGCGACAGUGUAGCCGAUGUACACAACCGCAGUGCGAGGACAGUCUUCGAGCUACUCCGAGCCAAUGGCGGGCUAUACCUCAAGAUCGGCCAAGCGAUCGCUAUGCAGAGCGCGAUUCUGCCACCAGAGUUCCAGAAGAUGUUCGCGCGCAUGUUUGACGAUGCGCCGCAGAAUACAUGGCGUGAGGUGGAGACGGUCAUCAAGGAGGACUUUGGCAAGAGCGUAGAGGAAGUAUUUGGUAUCAGCUUCAGUGGUGAUGCGGAUAAGGGGGUAAUGGAACGGACAGCAAGAGCAAGUGCGAGUGUGGCGCAAGUACAUUGGGCACGUCUGCCAGAUGGGCGUGAGGUGGCCAUCAAGAUUCAGAAGAAAGAGAUUGCGAGACAAGUCGGGUGGGAUCUGUGGUCGUUCAGGGUUGUGAGCAAGAUAUAUUCGUGGUGGUUUGAUCUACCGCUUUACCACUUGGUGCCGUACAUCUGCGAUAGACUGAUGGCUGAGACGGACUUCCGGAAAGAGGCAGACAACUCGAGACAGAUGCGCAAGCUCAUUCAAGGCGAACCUCGUCUACGGGACAGAGUUUACAUCCCUGCAGAGUAUCCGGAGCUCAGCAGCAAGCGCGUCAUGACUGCAGAGUGGAUCGAGGGUGUUCGUCUGUGGGAUAAAGAAGGCGUCGAGAGUUCCUGGAAAGGUGGCUGGCGCAAAGGCUCACCUGGUGCAGGCGGUGCUCAGCUGCCACCACCACCACCACCUUCUGUCAAGGCUUCUAUCCGAGCGAACAACCCCGACGAUGAAAAGCUCAAACCGAAACGAGACCACUGGCGUGGUGCAUCCGGCAAAGGGGGUCUCGGCUUGAGCUUCAAGCCAGUAAUGCAAACAAUGGUCGACCUCUUCAGCGCGCAAAUGUUCCUCUGGGGCCUCGUUCACUGCGACCCACACCCUGGCAACAUCUUCAUCCGCCGUCUCCCCUCCGGCAAACCCGAACUCGUCCUGAUCGACCACGGUCUCUACAUCCAAAUGUCUCCCAAAUUCCGGCGAGAAUACGCCCUCUUCUGGCGAAGCUUGAUGACCUUCGACAACAAAACCAUGGCCAAGAUCACCGAAGAAGAAUGGGGCGUCGACGCACCGGACAUCUUCGCCAGUGCCACUCUGAUGAGACCCUACCAAGGAGGCGACAACAAAACCAUGGAAGGCAUCAAGAAACUCAGCAAAAUGGACCAAAAACAACGACAGUUCGAAAUGCAACAGCGUAUGCGCCGCGACAUUCGCGAUAUCCUUGCGAACCAGGACAAAUUCCCGCAAGAACUUAUCUUCAUUGGCCGCAACCUCCGGAUUGUGCAAGGGAACAACCAGUUCCUCGGCUCCCCCGUUAACAGGAUCAAGAUUACUGGCUACUGGGCUAGUCGAGCUUUGACGGAGGAUCGUGAGGCGAGGGCGGUUGAGAGAUGGAAAGAGUAUGGGAAGCACUGUCUGUUUAGGUUUGUGCUGUUUGCGACUGAUUUGUGGUUUUAUUGGGCGAAGUUUAGACAGGCGGUUGGAGUGGGGAAGGGGAUGGAUGAUGAUAUUGAGGAGAGUAUGAAGAAGAUGGCGGAGGGGAUUGGAGUUGAGCUCCAGCAUGGUGUUGCUGCUUGUCAAGUUUUUUCAAUGAUUCUUCGGGUUUUGUCGUUGGGCCUUGUGGCUUUAGGCCUUGUGCAAGGUCAGACUCAGACUCAAAAUUUUGUGCUAAGGGAUCCAGAGGCUGCGUGCGAGGGUAUUGCGAGAGAGUUCCAGAGAGAGAAUGUUACGGUCAACUUUAGUCGUUAUAUUGCGGCUGGGACAAACGUCAGUCUGGAUCAGAGCACGCCUGAGUUACGGUCGUGUACGCGACCAUCUCAAGUCGUGCCCGUCGACCUCUGCCGCGUGGCCAUGUACGUCUCGACAUCGAGCCGUUCUGGCAUCACCUUGGAAGCCUGGCUCCCCACGAACUGGACUGGAAGGUUCCUGAGUACUGGCAACGGCGGUCUCAACGGAUGUCUCCAGUACGAGGACGUAGCAUACGGAACUUCCUUCGGCUUCGCCACGGUCGGUGCGAAUAACGGCCACAACGGGACUCGCGGUCUGGCUUUCAAGGACAAUCCAGAUGUGAUGGAAGAUUUUGCGUGGCGGAGCUUAUACACUGAGACGGUAGUUGGCAAGGAGAUUACGAAGGCUUACUACAGCAAGCAGCAGAUCCCGGGGAAGAGCUAUUACAUAGGCUGCUCCACUGGAGGACGGCAAGGGUUCAAGAUGGUUCAGGAUUGGCCGCAGCUGUUUGAUGGGGUCCUGGUAGGCGCGCCUGCUCUGGCUUUUGAUAAUUUGACGUCUUGGUCUGGUCACUUUUUGCCAAUUACUGGUUCGAACACGUCGGAUACCUUCGUCUCUCCAGACAAGUGGGCGCUAGUUCACCAGGACAUUCUCAAACAAUGUGACGCCCUCGAUGGCGUCAAAGACGGCAUCCUCGAAGACCCAACCCUCUGCUCCUACAAGCCUGUCAGCCUCCAAUGCUCCUCAACCGCCACCAACACCUCCAACUGCCUCACCGCAAAACAAGUCGUGACUGUUCAGCGAGUGUUCGAGGAUUACUACGGUAAAAACGGCGCCCUCAUCUUCCCCCGCAUGCAACCCGGCAGCGAACUCGCCUCCUCCCACAUCGAAUACAACGGCCAACCCUUCCCCUACACCGAAGACUGGUUCCGCUACGCAAUCCUCAACGACCCCACCUGGAACGCCUCCACCCUAAACGCCAGCACGGCCGCCUACGCAGCGGCCAAAAACCCCUUCAACAUCGAAAGCUGGAACGGCGACUUAUUCCCCUUCGCCGCCCGCGGUGGCAAAAUUCUCCAUUACCAUGGCCAAAUGGAUAGCAUCAUCACUUCCGCAAACAGUCCCCGCUACUACGACCACGUGGCCGCCACCAUGUCGCAAUCCCCCUCUGAGCUCGACGAGUUCUACCGCUUCUUUAGAAUCGGGGGGAUGGAUCAUUGCACGGGCGGGUUGGGGGCGUAUGUUGUUGGGCAGGAGUUUGUGGCUGGGAGUCCGUUUCAGGAUGCGCAGCAUAAUGUGUUGAGGAGGAUUAUUGAGUGGGUCGAAGAAGGGAAGGCGCCGGAGAGUAUUACGGGGGUCAGGUUUGUGAAUGAUACGGUGGCGUUGGGGGUGGAUUUUGAGAGGAGGCAUUGUAGGUAUCCGUUGAGGAAUGAGUGUGUGGAUCCGGAUAAUUAUAAGGAUGUGGAGAGUUGGAGGUGUGUGCCGUAG